UCGGAUUUUGCAGUAGGUUCAUAAACAGCUGACUUCAUGAUUCUGCCGCCGGUAGGUGCCAGCAGAAAGUCUUGGUCGGACUCAAGAAUUAAAACUCCUCGUUUGGGACACAGACUUAGAGACGUCACGCGCUACCGACGACCGCGCAUAAGUUCUGUCGCGAUCCCAGGAAAGUGCGUUGAAAGAAUCAAGAUAAACGUGAGUGGAAAGAAGUAUGAAUUGACUUACAGUCGGUUGUUUAGGUUCCCUAAGAGUCUGCUCGCCCGCUCUGCUCGAAGAGAAGAAUUUUACGACGCCGAAAGGGACGAGUAUUUCUUCGAUAGGAAUCGAAUGGCGUUUGAAAGCGUCUAUCAUUUUUACCAAACUGCUGGAGAGUUUUUCCGUCCUGAACAUAUUCCGGACGACCUACUUAUGAAGGAAUUGCAGUUUUUUGGUCUAUUACAAUAUCUUUCGCUGCCGGGAAAUGUUUCACUGUCUGUAGGCCCCUCUAAGGUAAUUCUUCCAGCCAACAAGUAUCAAAGAAUGGUGUGGGAAUUCUUUGAAAAUCCAAGCUCUAGCAUUACUGCCCGACUUAUCAACGUGUUUAUGCUUCUGGUGAUUAUUUUGUCUAUCAUCAUGUUGUGCAUUGAAACUCUCCCUGACCUUGAUGAAGCAAAUGGCGGUGUUUCAGCACACAUUCGGAAACAAACAAAUGGAAAAAAACCGACCAAAAUUACAGGAGACAUUCCUACGGUGAUACAUGAAAAUCAAAGUUUAUCAAAUAAACUUCGGACUUUGUUUGUCAUCGAGACAUUUUGCGUUGCCUGUUUUUCAUUAGAGCUGAUAAUCCGCUUUCUAGCCUCCGCUGAAAAACGGCGUUUCUUCUGGAAUCUUCUCAACCUUUUCGACCUCCUCUCAGUUUUACCUUUCUACCUCUCUCUCGUAAUGUCUUGGCAUUCUGUUAGCGCAACACAAUCCGCGUAUACUCUGAGGGUUUUGCGUCUCGUGCGUCUCUUGAGACUCGCGAAAAUAUAUCGCUACAGUUCCUCCGUGCAGAUCUUUGUUAAAACAAUUAGAGAAUGCGUCAAGGAUUUCCUGUUGCUCUACUUUCUUAUUCUGAUGACUACGACUGUGUUUGCCAGCACCUGUUACUAUUUCGAGCAAGAACAUGAAGGGACUGAUUUUGUGAGCAUUCCCGCGGCGUUUUGGUGGGCCAUAAUAACACUGACCAGUGUGGGAUAUGGAGAUAUGGUCCCGGUAACUCUUGCUGGCAAAAUAAAUAGUGCCUUGUGUGUGGUAUUUGGAGUGAUCAUCAUUACCCCUCUGUUGCCAAUCAUUGGCUCCAAGUUCAACAGUGUCCAAGAAAAAGUCAAAAUCGAGAAACUUUUGACCUCAGAAAAGCUUCAGAUCUCAGAUGAUGAUUCUUCCGACUCUUUCGAAGACUGGAGAAGGACCGUGACGUUUGCUGAGGAAGACUUUUCGUUUGAGAUUCCACCUACCACAAAGAACUCAUCAUUUGAAAGUCAGAUAGAGUUCAGUGUGCGACCGAGGAGUGUACAACCGAGGAGUGUCACUGUAAUUUAACACUUUCACUCCCGAGAUCAAACUUUCAAUUCUCCGCACUGUCUCUCAUACAUUUCGUAUUAUGAUAGCUCUGAGAAUUUGGUGUUAGAUCGAACAAUA